AUGCCAUGCUUCAUUAUCCGCCAGGCCUUACGACCUCUGAUACCUGGCUGCCAUGCAGAAGAUAACCUACUUUCCUUGGCAGCAACCUGCAUUCGAUCUUGGGCAAAACUGGAUGCAGACUCGCUCCGCUACCUCUCCACCCAAAAUUUUGUGGACAUGGCGUUGAUUCUCACUGGCACUGGCCCACAAUAUGUUCUCAAGCAACAAACAGCACAAGCUCUGCGGAUCAACAAGAUGCUCUACAUUAGCAAUGAUUUCGCAGAUUUGGUGCUGGCCAAGGCAAUCAAACACCGAGGCAAAGUCCACACGAUGUUCAACGACAUCACAAGUGAUUGGGUCUCUCGAGGAAGCUCUUGCGCACUGCUUGGUUGCCGCAGAGGAGAUACCCGCCAGGCGGUCUUUCAAGAAGUCAUGGCCUUGAAGCCAGUGCGUGACUUGCAUGCAGGUGAAUUCCAUGCCCUUCACACGUUUCUUGGCCGGUCGGGCGCUGUGCCUGGCUUCAGCCUUCAGCGCACGGAGGGUCCUGCUCAGUUUCGGGCGGCCAUUGCUGAAGUCCUGCCUCAAGCUGCUCGGGACACGGUCAAGUACAUCUUCUCUGAUAGCCCUACCUCUGUAGAAGGCGCGGCCGAAGUCUUGCCAAACUUGGAAGCUGUCGCAGAAGAUGCUUUGCAUUUGGUGUUGCGCGUGGAAGCUUGUACUGGAGAGAAGCGCACUCCCUUGUCCUCAUGCUUGCUCAAGAUCCAAACCCGCUUCCGCCUGCCAUACGCAGCUCCGUUCUUUCGUGGCCAUGCUGUGGAAGACCCUCCUGAUGCCGGCAACUGGUCGGACAAUCUGAUGGACAAAGAAGCUACCGAAACAGAUUGGGAUAAAAAAGCAGCCAAACCAUACUGCAACCACCAGGAGUAUAUCAAUGACAUCCAAGCCCUUUGCACUGCGUUUCCAGACAACAUGGGCCACAAGGACAAGAAAGGGCGCACAAUCCGCCAGAUCUUGCUACUUGUGGAACGGAUCGCACAUCAUCUCUGCACUCCACGACGUGCUGCCACCUGCGGAGCUCCAACUCCUGAGUUUUGGCACGUGCAGCAAUGA